CAACGAUUUACACAUAAUAAAGUUUGCUCACUGCAGCAAAACCGAUCGCCAUUAUGCAACCAAAAGUCUAACCUGAAGAAAGAAGAGAGUUUAUGAGAAUUUCCCAAAUGGAUGCUUUUCAGUGGCACAAGAUUGCUGCUGUUUCUGGAAUAGCAGCCCUUGGAUUGGGCACUUAUGGCUUCCAUAUCUUUAAACCUGAAAAUCCCGUUUACAAGGAGGUAUGGCAAAUCGCUUCUACUUACCACUUGUUUCACACAGCUGCUCUUCUUUCUGCUCCUAUUACCAAACGCCCCCACAUUUUUGGAGGCCUUUUGACUGCUGGCAUUCUUUCUUUCUCUGGGUCGUGUUACACGGCGGCAUAUCUGGAGGACAGAAAAUAUUCGGCCCUUGCUCCAUUUGGUGGCCUUGCUUUUGUUGCCGGUUGGGCAAGUCUGUUAUUCUAAGGUUGGAUUUUCCUUAGAAGAACUUAUGCUAUCACUUGAAACAAGUUAGAGAACAUCUUGUCCUCUUUGUUAUGCCAUAUAUGUAACAAACCUUUGUAUAGUUGUUGUCUCAUAAGAUACCCUAAUACAUUUUUAAUUGCAAACAAGACAUAAUUAUGUAUUUUUGUCUGUUAUGAGUAUUAACAUUGUAAUAUGUCUUGUUUGAUUGUGAAAAUCAAUUCAAUACCUAUUUACCCCCAA